CAAAAGUUAGCCUGCCGGCGGCCGCGCGCCCCGCCGCGCCGCGUGCCCUCGCGCUCCUUCCUCGCUGCGCUCCGGGAGAGGCGCUUGCUCUUCCUGCAGCUCGAGCCCCGAGCGCUUCCCAACGUGAGAGGGCCGAGCGCGCCGCGGGCCAGGGGUGGGGAGCAGGACGCGGCGGGCAGGAGCGAGACGGCUGGCCGAGGGCGCCGAAGAAGCGCAGAGGCGACGGGGACCCAUGCCGGCGGCCAACAUGAUGGAGAACCUCCAGCUGCCCGCCCUGCAGGUGCCGGAGCCGCAGGGCGCGCCCGAGGGCAGCCCGGUCUGGUCCAGCUCGUCGACCCCCACGCUCCGCCGCCGGCGCUUCAAGAUGCGCCGCAUGAGGAACGUGCAGGAGCAGAGCCUGGAGGCCGGGCUGGCCCAGGACCUGCCCGGCGUCUUGGCCCCUGGCAAGGAGUUUCUGCAGCUGCCGUCUAUCGAGAUUACGCCCUCCAGCGACGAGGACACCCCUUGGUCCAACUGCUCCACACCCAGCGCUUCCCCCCGCCGAAAACGCUUCCUUCUCCGCAAGUGGCUGAGGGUGAGGGAGCGGAAGGAGUGCAGUGAAAGCAGCAGCCAGCAGAGUAGCCAGCAGAGCAGCCACGACGAUGAUUCGACCAGGUUCCUGAGUCCUCGGGCGCGGGAAGAAAGCACUGCCAGUAACUCAAACCGCAGCACGCCGGCCUGCUCCCCCAUCCUCCGGAAGCGGUCUCGCUCGCCAACCCCACAGAACCCGGACGGAGACGCCAUGGUGGAGAAGGGCUCAGAUCACUCGUCGGACAAGUCCCCGUCCACACCGGAGCAGGGUGUGCAGCGCAGCUGCUCCUCCCAGUCCGGCCGGAGUGGGGGCAAAAAUUCCAAGUCUCACAAGCGCCUCUCAAAAAAAAGCCAGAGUUGGUAUAAUGUGUUAAGCCCCACUUACAAGCAGAGAAAUGAAGACUUCAGAAAGCUCUUUAAGCAGCUUCCAGACACGGAGCGCCUCAUUGUUGAUUACUCAUGUGCACUCCAAAGAGACAUUCUUCUUCAGGGCCGACUCUACCUCUCGGAAAAUUGGAUCUGCUUCUACAGCAACAUCUUCCGCUGGGAAACUCUGCUGACUGUUCGUUUGAAAGACAUCUGCUCCAUGACUAAAGAAAAAACAGCUCGCCUCAUUCCCAAUGCCAUCCAAGUUUGCACUGACUCGGAAAAGCACUUUUUCACUUCAUUUGGAGCCCGGGAUAGGACAUACAUGAUGAUGUUCCGGCUCUGGCAGAAUGCUCUCCUUGAAAAGGUAAGUACUGACUUUUUAACUUAUAUAUAUAACAUGCAGCACAGAUGUGAAGCUGCUUUUGACUUAAACCUGAGUUUUCCUUUUCCUGGCCGUGGAAGUUCCACCCAGGAAAUGGCUGAUCUUGUUUCCGGCUUAUACCUCAGGGUCUCCACAGAGCUGCGCUACCGAAAACAGCCCUGGGGAUUAGUGAAAACUUUCAUCGAGAAGAACUUCUGGAGUGGGCUGGAGGACUACUUCCGCCAUUUAGAGAGUGAGCUGACCAAAACGGAGAGCACCUACCUGGCUGAGAUGCACAGGCAGUCUCCCAAAGAGAAGGUCAGCAAGCCCACAACGGUGCGGAGGAGGAAGCGUCCCCAUGCCCACCUGCGGGUGCCUCACCUGGAAGAGGUGAUGAGCCCUGUCACCACACCCACUGAUGAAGACGUGGGCCACAGGAUCAAGCAUGUGGCAGGCUCCACGCAGACACGGCACAUCCCCGAGGACGCUCCCAAUGGUUUCCACCUGCAAAGCGUGUCCAAGCUGCUGCUGGUUAUCAGCUGUGUUCUGGUGCUGCUGGUCAUCCUUAACAUGAUGCUCUUCUAUAAACUCUGGAUGUUAGAAUACACCACCCAGACCCUCACUGCCUGGCAGGGUCUGAGGCUCCAAGAAAGGUUACCCCAAUCUCAGACAGAAUGGGCCCAGCUCUUAGAGUCCCAACAAAAGUACCACGAUACUGAGCUCCAAAAAUGGAGGGAGAUCAUCAAAUCCUCGGUGAUGCUUCUCGACCAGAUGAAGGACUCACUCAUCAAUCUUCAGAACGGCAUCAGGUCCCGAGACUACGCAUCCGAAAGUGAAGAGAAGAGGAACCGCUUUCACUGACAAGGCAGGAACAGGGGUGGCUGCAAGAGGCCUGUGCAAUACAUGUACAUAGUCCAUAUAAAUAUAUAUAUAUAAAUAUAUAUAUAUACAGAUAUAAAUAUAUAUAUAUUAUAUACAGAUUUUAAAAAGAGAUAAUGCCUAUGUACCAGGGAGAAGGAGCGGCACCGCCUCCUGUGCUGGCCAGUGGAGGGGCCGAGGAGGGCAGGGACCACCUCUCAGCACCGACCUCCCCUGAUCCUCCUCCCCCCACCCUCUAGUCCCCACCCUUUCCCUUGCUGGCCAUUCUUGGCUCUGAGAAGGGAAAUGUUGUUGAGCCAAAGUUAUGCCUGUGAAGACCCUGGGGUCUUGAAAAGAAGUCUCAAGGGGGCAUUGCUUAAGGUGCUUCAUUCCCUAAUCCUCUUUUGAUUUGUUUCCAAAAUAAAAGAGAAUCUUUUCUUCCCGACCGUGUGCUUCCCCAGGUGUUCUCUUGUGAACAAGGAAGCAUCAAGGGCAGGAGCCCAAUGUGAAAUACCAUGUGAGGCCACCCCCUCUACAUGGACCAUACCCCAGGCGUCAGGUGGAGAGGCUGCUGGAGAGCUAGGAAGGCGCACUUGUGGGUUUGGGCCUUGUAGCUGCAGGCUCCUGAGGACUUGUGUUCGGAAGGGUGUUCUCCUCGAUUCUCCCACCCCCUGCACCUUCCUCUAACCUGUGUAGAGUGUGGACCCAAUAAGGGCUGGGAAUUUCUUACUUUCCCACCACCCCCUUCUCUCUGGUCUUCUCCCAGGCUGGAUCUGGGUGAAGUGUCACUUUUUAGUGCCUAAAGCCCUAUUUUUCCUCUGUGCCCUAAGAGCACAUUGUUUAUUAGCCAGGGUGGAGCAUUUUUGAUCUUGUUAAACCUCUUUUAGUGGUUGUAAGCAAGUCAGGUCUGUGGCUCUAAUUAACUCACUUUGAGUUUGAUUUCCAGAAUGAAUCACAGUGUUCUGGGACCUCUAGGGUUUGAGAGAGUGAAUGCCCUAGCAAUGUAAAGAUUGUAGGGUCUAACCACAGAACGCUGGGUGAAUAGUGAGCACCGAUUUCCACCCAUUCCUUUGGCUGCCAGCAUCAUUCGCUCUCAGUGAAGAACCGACUUUAGCCAAGGGAGACAACUGUCUGACACUCUUUGCACAUGGAAGAAGACCUAAGCCUUUGGAAGGAAUGGAUUGGCAAAGGUGCAUGGAUUUGGGCAGCAAAAAACCAGAUCGAGUCUCUGCCCCGUGGGGGCCAUUCCAAAUUCUGUUUUUCAGUCUUGAAAGUGGGAGUUCUGACAGAGGGAGCAAAGCCUUUUGUAGUCUCUGGCCCUAGAGAUGUAUGAGAUUACUAGGAGUAGAAAAAAGAUCUUGGGUUCAGAAUGUGAGUCAUCCAGGGCCUUUUCGGGGUUGUCUCACUGGGACCUAUGCAUUUAUCUGACCUUGUGGGGCCCUUCUGGGUACACUUAUCAUCUUUCAUACACUAAUUACUAUUUCUCCAUAUGAUGACCACAGGAUUCCUGCCAGCCCAGGCAGAGCUCAAAGCAAUUCUUGAUCAGGAAAGGAUCAUAGCCAGUUUGGCAAGAAGAGCUCUUCCAGAUCGCUUGUUGUUCUGGUGGGUCUCUUGAUGCAAGGGGCAGAGGGAAAAGAAGAUUUUAUCACUGAUCUAUCCUAAAAGAAGAGCAAGUUUUAUUCUUCCCUUGGAAUGGCCUGUGCAUUAUCCCACUUUGACAACUAAAGAAAAGUUUUUGACUUUUCAGUCUGUCUGAGAAUAUGGCCUUGUUAUUGCCCUAAGGUUCGGAUGAGAAGACAGAAAGAUACAUGCCCAGGUCAUCCCCUAAGUGAGUAGGAUGAGAAAGUUCCUCAGGAUCAGCUAGAAUUGAUAUCCUUCCCCUAGAAAAAGAGAUGUGAGGAAUUGGAGUUGAGUGCAAUCCAUCUGAAGGGUUCAUAUGCCCACAGGCCAGUGGGUCGCUGCUCACUCUUGCCCAGGAUUUUGAAUAGGAGACCCUGGUGAAGGUCAAGGAUCAUGACCCCCAAGCCCAAGAAGGAGGAACAGUGCAGACUGCUAGAUAUUUCCCCGCUGGAGUAGCCAGAAGCCAAAAUUAUUCCCAGAAACUUUUGAAAGCAAAAAUGGUAAAUUCUCUAAUUUAUUCUGUACAUAAUUAUUUAAAUUAUUCAUUAAUUAAAGAUUCCAUGGUGAGACCUUUGGGAUGACUUAAAAAGCAUUCUUUGCCGGGAGUAAAGUCAUAUAAGUAGACCUGGUUGCACAGAGUUGUUCUGCUUUUGCUUUACCUCUCAGGCCCAUUCCAGGGAGGAGUAGGUGACGGGGAAGGGAGGUGCUUAGUAUAUCCAAGGAACCCUCAUGAUUUCUGGAGAUUUGAACCCUGGAGACAAUGUGUACACAUAGGGAACGACCCUCGGCUGCCUCAUUUC